GCCUCUUUAAUAAUGCACAUUGUGCAAACGCACAAGUGCUCUGUGUUUCUUCUAUAUUUGGUCACAUAUUACUUUUACUAAAAAGAGUGUGUAGCAGAGAGCUUGAGUGAGAGACGUCUAGAGAAUGAUGGAAAUGCUGACAAGACCGUUGAGGCACCUCUUCGUGACAGUGUUUUUAUACAGCUUCUCCGUCUUCAUGGUGGUUCCGGCCAUGGUAGAUGUCAUUAUGUCUGCUGUCUGUCCCGGUAAAGACGAGUGUUCGAUAGCCAUUUACCUCACCGGUGCUCAAAGUGUGAUUGUAGGAUUGGGAGCAAUAGUGAUGGUGCCUCUGAUAGGCAACCUCUCAGACACCUAUGGAAGAAAAGUCAUUCUUACUGCUCCGAUGGUACUAGCAAUUUUCCCCUCUGUGAUACUGGCGUAUAGCAGGAGUCCGUAUUAUGUGUAUGCCUACUUGUUGAUCAAAACCGUCACUUCCAUGCUAUGUGAUGGAAGUGUGAUUUGCAUUGCCCUGGCUUACGUGGCUGACAAUGUUGCUGAAAAGCAAAGGGUAUCAGCGUUUGGGAUAGUAUCAGGCGUUGCAUCAUGUGCUUUUGUAUGCGGAAAUCUAUUCACUCGCUUCAUCUCUACUUCCUCCACUUUCCAGGUUUCUGCAGCAGGAACAAUAAUUGCAGUACUAUACAUGAGGAUCUUCCUGCCAGAAUCUGUUGCUGGUACUAGUACUAAGACGGAGAAUGAAUCUCUUUUGGAAAAAGAUUCCUCAGAGGAUCUACAAGUCUUCAAAAAGAUGUCUUCUUUUCAUGAUACCAUCUCUUUAUUAAGGACCAGCCCUACCUUUUUGCAAGCUGCUGCUGUUGCAUUCUUUAACACUCUUGGGGAUGCUGGGGUUAAUGCAUCAGUGUUGUACUAUUUGAAGGCUCAAUUCCAGUAUAGCAAGAACCAGUUUGCUGAUCUGAUAGUAAUUAUUGGGAUUGCUGGGACAAUAUCACAGAUGGUUUUCAUGCCUCUAAUUGCUCCUGUUAUCAAAGAAAAAAAUUUACUUGCAAUAGGGCUUUUUUCAGGAUUUGUACAUAUUUUUCUGUCCAGCAUUGCGUGGUCUUCCUGGGUUAAUUAUGCGUCUGCUAUGGUCUCUGUGUUAUCUUCUAUCGCAACACCAUGUGUAAGGAGCAUUGCAUCCAAGCAAGUUGGGCCAAGUGAGCAGGGAAAGGCUCAAGGGUGCCUCACAGGAAUAUGUUCUAUUGCCAGUGUUAUUGCUCCGCUGGCUUUUAGUCCAUUAACAGCUUUAUUCCUCUCUGAGAGUGCACCAUUUUAUUUCCCUGGUUUCAGUCUCAUGUGUGCCAGUUUACUCGUGCUGGUAGCAUUCAUACUAAGCAUCAUGAUAAAGGAAGCUCCUCUUGCUCCAAACUGCUCAGCUGACCCCGCGGAGCCUUCGGUCUGAACUUGACCGAGUAUUUAGCAGAAACACGACUCUUUAUACCAGUCCUGUAAAUUACUGUAUACAAAAUGUAUGGUGCAUGUAAAACUGCAAUUAGCUGCUUGGUGAAUAGUAUGAGUGCUAAACAUCACUGUAAUGUAUUUUCUUGUGAUUUUUUUUUGAUAUAUCUCAUGUUUAUGUACAAAACA